UAUCUCAUAAAAGAAAUGAUAUUAAAAAUUCUAAUAUUCCUUUUAACACAGUCGAUGCUAUUCACUCCUUGAUAGUCAGAAUAGAUGACAUUGACAAUAAACUUGUACUCCUUUCUGAUGAGAUUAGAACUAUAAAAAAUGAAAUUUCUGACGAUGAUGAUAAUGAACUGAUAAUGGACAUAGUCAAUGAACAAACUCAACAUACAUUAAAGAGUACACUUACAUACGAUAAACAACCCUCUAUAGCAGAUUCACCUAAAACUGACAAAGAUACUAAUUUUAAUAAUAAUAGAACACAACAGAAUGAUGGAAUUGUCACUCCUUGUAUAACACAAGUUAAAAGUGAACUU